GAAGCUGUAACAACUUGCCAGAAACGGCUCCUUUGAAACUCGAAACACCCGCCCUGAACUGCGUGCGUUACCCCCGAUUGGCCGAGGGGCAUUUGGAGAGCUGCAGGCAGCUGCCUUAUUAUGGGAGAGACCGAGAAGACACGCACAUACACACGGCGCACCGGCAAAAGUUUGCGCAGGAGCUGGGAAGGGAACGCGAGCUGGGGUCCGCUUUAACGAAAGCGAAACUGAUCGAGCUUAAACUGAUUUCUAAUCGCAUGGAAGGUCAGAGAGUGAUGUGUUCAGGAACGAUGCAGCCUGCCGGAGACCAGUGAAAACGGGGGACCAGCGGGCGAUCGGGCCGGGAUGUUCAGCCAGAUGUAGUGGCGUACCGGCAAUUACGACAAAACAGGCUCGGAUCCAAUACCGAAAGAUGCCACCCGUGUCGGGCAGAGGAGUUUGCCCCGUAUUGGGCACACGCUCAGUGGCGCCCUCUCGUGUUUGAACAAGUGAUUCGGCAUGGAGGCCACCAUUGAAGAGGGGAUGAACCUGGUGAUCGUCAACCACUAUAACCACUCGGGGAAGUGGGAACGACCACGUGGGACAGGCACCUGCAAGACCACGCUGGUGCUGAUCAUCUGCGUGUUGAUCGUGCUGGAGAAUGUGACGGUUCUGCUGGCGCUGUGCCGUCACAAGCGCUUCCACAGCCGCAUGUACCUGCUCAUCGGCAAUCUGGCCCUGUCGGACCUGCUGGCGGGUGUGGCCUACGCCGUCAACAUCUUCACGUCGGGCCGCCGGACCUUCUUCCUGACGCCGACGCAGUGGUUGGCGCGGGAGGGCAGCAUGUUCGUGGCGCUGAGCGCCUCCACCUUCAGCCUACUGGCCAUUGGCAUUGAGCGUCACAUGACCAUGGUGCGCCGGCGGCCCUCGGAGACGGCUGGGCGGGGUCGCCUGCUGGGCCUUCUGGGGGCUUGCUGGGCCGUGUCGGUGCUGCUCGGCGCCCUUCCCAGCCUGGGCUGGAACUGCCAGGGCCACCUAGAGGCGUGCUCCACCGUGCUGCCACUCUACGACAAAAGUUACGUGGCGUUCUGCAUCAGCAUCUUCAGCGCCCUGCUGGCCGCUAUCGUGGUGCUAUACACCCGCAUCUACCGGCUGGUGACGUCAAGCGGGCGGCGGCUCGGUGGGAGCCGGCCCUCGGAGUGCUCGCUGGUGCUGCUGCGCACCGUGGUCAUCGUCCUGGGCGUCUUCGUGGUGUGCUGGGCGCCCCUCUUCCUGCUGCUGCUCCUGGACGUGGGCUGCAGCCCCGAGCGCUGCCCGGUGCUCUACCAGGAGGACUGGUUCAUCGCCCUGGCCGUGCUCAACUCUGCCCUGAACCCGCUCAUCUACACGCUGACCAGCCGCGAGCUGAGGACUGCGUUCUUCCGCGUGCUGUGCUGCAGCCAGGCUCAGCUGGAGGCCACGCCUCCCAUCGAGGGCCCCCCCAACCUGGUCGCCAUCAUCCCCACUGGCGAGAACAGCAAGUCCAGUGCAGGUGGACCUGGGGCUGCUGUCUCGGGACUGACCAAAAGCAAAAUCUCAACACCCCUGAGUUCCAGCCUUCCACACCCUGGGCCCUCAUCUCCCACCCUGCUCCACCCCUCUGGUCCUGCUGAACUUCUGUCUGCCGUCCUGGUUAAAGCAGGGGCACUCCCAAGCCUCAGCAAGUUCUGACCAAAUUCUGACCAGUUCCGACCCGGGGUGUUUCUCAAUAUGAGUACUCGUCCACAUCCUGUUCUCAUGUACCUGUUUUUACAUCAUCUUCCAUCGCCAAAGACCAGUUCCAAUACUCAAAAACAGAAGUGCAGAGGUGGGUAAAAAUCCCCGGAUGUUGUUCUUGCCUCACUCCAAAUAUCAAUAACACACCGGUUGCAUCCUCGCCAAACAAGACAAAUCCCACGAUUCAUUGCGCCCCAAGUUUCUUCUUGGGAGGCAAGUUGGCAAGACGGCUCCUGCCAAGACCACGGGUACGAUCUUUGCGUUCUUGGCAUUGAGAAACACCCCAAGUUCUGACCAAGUUCUGACCAGAUGCCCCCCUCCCCCCUCAGCCUCCCACAGUCUGAACAACAAAACACACUUUGAAUACUGACGGAUAACUGAACUCGGGCAGCUUGCUUGAUGGAAUAUUCCAGAAAUUCUGUUCCUCUGUGGAAAUGACACUUUUUUUUGUAAAUGAGUCAAGAAACUGCUUGCUGUUCACAAGGCCUGUUAAAGGGCUCGAUAACCUCACAUGAACCACUACUGCGCGUGAUACAAGAUCACGAUCACGAUCACAAUCACAAUCACAAUCAGAUAUAUUCAGCUGCUUUUUCUGCCGCCUCGCACCAUGGCCAAAAGUUCGGAAUGCAUAUGUUGUUUUCUUAAGUAUUAUAAUAAUAUCUUAGGGUGACGCUGUGCUUAAAAUUCAGCCUGAGCAGUUUAUAGGUAGCAGAAGCAGCCAUUCGGUACAAAAUGAACAUGGUAAAACAGCGAUUUACUGUAUAUAUGCAAGUUUGAGUGUCCCUAUUCAUAUCACAUGUCCAUCAAAGUAUAAUUUCAUCUUAUGCAUAUUUUCACAAAAAUACUGAAGUUCCGGCUAUUUUGAUGUACCAUUUAAAAGGUCGAAGGUACAAAAUCGAAAUCAUUCAUGCUGAUAUUCUCACACUUGGAUUUCUGUUAUUUAAAUCACUGCUGCAACUUCAAAUAAAGCUGUACGUGGUAAAUAUGUACAUUGUUUUUAGGCAGCUGUGUAGAGAGACCAGUUACCUAUGAGUGUUCAACUCAAACUGUGCAGCGAGGUGUAGAUGUUUAGUGAACGGGGUGGCGUCACGAGGGUCCAAGUUUCAGGUGCCUCUAAAGUUCAACAGUGUGUGUUGCUCACUUCAAACUUUACCAGUAAGGUUUUGAAAUGAUUUACUUCUGCGUACAUUAUACAUAGAGAUGUACAAUAUAUUGGUUAACGUAUCGGUAUCAGACAACAUUCAUUAAAAGUAAAUAUCGGCA